CGUCUCUCGGGGCCUUUCCAAGCCGCGCCUCGCCUCUCCUCUCCUUUGGUCGAUUCCUCGAUCCAAAUCCCAGCGCCGCGCCCAAAUUCCAUUCUCGAUCUCCUCCUCCCCGGUCUUGUUCUUCCUCGGAUCACCCCGCGCUUCCAUCCCUGAGGACGCGUAGGCCUUCCUUCUCCGACGUCGACUAGUCCCCGGUCAAAUCGGACCUGUUUGCUUCCAAUCGACCCCUUGCUUCAUCUCGAAACGCCUUCACAUCAAGGGUUGGAAGAAAAACCAGAUCUUGUGAAACGAUCUCUUCGAGGAGGAUUUUGAGCGGUGGAAUUCGAUGGAAGCCGAUGGUGCAGCUGCUUCGUUUCCUCUGGCAAAAUGGAGAAGCGACUUCUCCAGGGCGUUCCAGUACUACUUGGAUAAAUCGACUCCUCACACGACCGGAAGAUGGAUCGGUACUGUCGGAGUCGCGGCGAUCUAUUCCCUGCGUGUUUACUUUGUGCAGGGUUUUUAUAUCGUCACCUACGGGCUUGGGAUCUAUCUCCUGAAUCUCUUGAUUGGGUUCCUGUCACCGUUGGUGGAUCCUGAGAUCGAAGUUUCUGAUGGUCCUGCCCUGCCUACAAAGGGCUCCGACGAGUUCAGACCCUUCGUUCGCCGUCUUCCUGAGUUCAAGUUCUGGUACUCCAUAACAAAAGCGUUCUGUGUUGCUUUUGUGAUGACUUUCUUCUCCGUAUUUGAUGUUCCUGUUUUUUGGCCUAUACUACUGUGCUACUGGGUUGUUCUUUUCUUCCUGACAAUGAAGCGCCAAAUUGUACACAUGAUCAAGUACAAGUAUGUGCCAUUCAACAUGGGAAAGCAGAAAUAUGGAGCGAAAAAGGGUCCCGGAAGCAGCAAUUUGUCCAAGGAUUGAUCUGUGCCAGGGGGCUAAGGGCUUCCACAUAUCUUCGUCAGUGAAAUUGAUAUACUGUUGAUCUACUUAUCCUCCAAGAUUUGACAGUCUUUGUUGGGAAUAUGGUUAUUUCCUAGGUUGACACUUGUUUACUAGAGGAUGACGCAAUAGCUAUGUUUGCAACAUCGCCUUCACUGUUCAUUAAUUGCCCCCUAUUGCUAUUGGAGAGCCAACUAAUAGUUAAAAUUGGUUGAUUUCUUUUGUUGCU